AAGCCGAGCCGACCGCCGCCGUCGCCGUCCGUCGUCGCGCCGCCUCCAGCUAAAAGUGCCGCUAGUGUUGGUUUGAGAAGCCGGGGCAUUUUUGCUGGAUAAUAGCCCAUAUUCCUUGAAGUAACGUCUAUUUGAAUCACUCAUUUGUUAAUAGAAUUUUUAAGAUGAGUACCGAUAACAUUGAAAAGUUGUACAAACACUUUGGUGUCCUCGCAGAUGCCAAAGACAAAGUCAGCGAGCAUGAAGAUGAUUACUUGGAGAUUCUGAAAGCUGUCAAGGGUUCUGACAAAGAAAAGCGUCUUGCUUCGCAAUUUAUUGCAAGAUUUUUUAAAUACUUCCCAACUUUAACGGAUCAAGCUAUAGAGGCUCAACUUGAUCUUUGUGAAGAUGAGGACUUGGCGAUCCGUAAACAGGCCAUCAAAGAUCUUCCUCGCCUGUGUCAGGAUCUAAAGGACUACACCCAGCGCAUUGCUGAUAUUCUUGCACAGUUAUUGCAAGCUCAAGAUUCUUCCGAAUUAAGUGUUGUUCACAAUUCUCUGAUGUCACUUCUCAAACUCGAUCCUAAAGGCACUCUUACAGGCAUCUUUUCACAAAUAUUUAAUGGGGAUGACGCAAGUCGUGAGCAGUGUCUGAAAUUUUUAACAGUGAAAGUUAAAAAUCAGGGAACAGAUAUUUUUGACAAAGAAAGUGAAGAUUUUUUGAUAUCUGAGGCUAAGAAAGUUCUUCAGGAUGUGACUGCUGAAGAGUUCCAUCUUUUAAUGGAACUCCUGAAUGCCACUCGUCUUGGUAAGACAGUUAGUGGGCAGAAAGAUCUUGUUGAUAUAGCUGCAGAACAAGCAGAGCUUGAUCAACCUUUCAACCCUAGUGAUCCUGAGAAUGAAAGUUUUGAUAGAUUGGUUAAUUGUGUCAAACAUGCUCUUCCAUACUUCUCUAAACAACUUGAAUCUACGAGGUUCGUGACAUAUUUCUGUGAUGAAGUGCUUCCACAGUUACAUUUGGUUGGUGGUGCUGAUGAAGGAAGUGGUGCUGAUCAACAGUUGGAGCUUUUGAAUCUAUUAGCUGAGCUCUCAACCUUUUGUGGAACCCUUGAAAAGGCUGAAACCAGAGUUGACAAAGUUUUCACACGGCUUUUGGAUUAUAUGCCCCUUCCUCCAGAUGGAGAAACUACUGAUGAAGCUGAACCUCGCCUUGAUUUUUCCCAUGUUGAGUGCCUAAUCUAUUCUUACCAUCGACUGGGACGACAGUGCCCUGAUGCACUAGCCAAAGAUGCUGAAAAGCUUAAAGAUUUUAGGCUGAGACUUCAUUACUUUGCAAGAAGUGUACAAGGUUACAUGAAAAAGCUUCAGGAGGCUCUUCGGGGGAAAACUGGAGAGGAAUUAAAAUCAGAAGAGAAUAAAUUGAAAGUUGUUGCACUCAAAACCACAUCUAAUAUAAACACACUCAUCAAAGAUCUCUUCCAUACUCCCCCAAGUUUCAAAAGUGUUAUCACUCUGUCUUGGAAGCCAGCAAAUGCAUCAUACACCAGUGAUAGAGCAUUGGAGAAAGAGUCUGUCCGUGCUGGUAAUAAAAGGCACACACCCAUUACUUUUGGAGAUGCCUCCCCUAAACACCCAAGAACUGUAGGCUCAAACCCUCGUGAAAUUUACACUCCACCUAGUGGCAAAUAUAGCAACAAAGUUUCAAGUUACAUGCCUCAGCGUGGUGGCGUACGUGGGAAUAGAAGCAGGGGCAGAGGUUUUGGAGGACGAACAAGAGGACCCUGGAGAAGAAACUACUGAAAGCAUACGAUUGCUUUGUUGAGCCAUGACUUCUUUUAACAUUUGACAUCAGGAAUGUUGUGAUAGUUCCACCUAAGCUUAAAAAUUGUAUUAAUAUUUCAAUUAGUUUUGUACAUAGUGACUUGAAUUCUAUUAACUCAUUGAGUUGGGUUCUACCAAUCAAAAAAAAAAGGCUAGACUUGAAUUUAUUGUAAAAUAUGCUCCUUUACUGAAAAAUGGUGGAUGGGAGAGAGUAUUGUCAACAAGAUGAAGGGAUAAUGCAUGCCUAAACAAUUGUUUUGUUUUUUUCUUUUUUUAAAUUUAUUUUCUCAUCACUGCAUGUAUUUCUGUUGUUUCUGAUGGCUGCGUUUCAAGUUUGAUGUACCGAUUCAAGUCCCAUUGUAAGCCUAGAUCAUUAAUCUGAUAUUUUGUACACCGUAGUUCAUAAUUGUCACACUUCUAUUUUUAAAUGAUUCCUCUGCAUUGAAAACCUGAUCAAAUAAAGAUGUGGUAAAAUCCAA